AUGGCCGAAGGGAUUGACACCUUGCAAUACCUGUACUCGCGUUCGGGGAGGUCGUUUUCCGACGGCACUUCUUCGAACGCAGCGGGUGGGUCUCGUCAUAUUGCUCGACGAGACCCGGAACAUCAACAGUCAGCUGGGCGCGAGGAUCCCAGCUGUCCCACGCCGGUGAAUAGCCACUCCAGCGGACAAGGCAACUCUUCCGGACGCCAUUCACGUCGCAAUGGCUCAAAUACGCUCCACUUGGAAGCGUUGAACACCGCUUGA